CCCUCCGGGGAGGAAGGGGAAGGAAGGGGGGUGCGGGCUGCGCUGUUGCCCUUUUAAGCGAGCGAGUGGGUGCAGGAGGCUGGUACAAAGGGAGCUGCCGCCGCGCUCGCCGUCCCCCCUCCGGCUGGGGCUGCCCCGGCACCCCCACCCCCGCCAUCUUCCGCCCCGCAGCCGGGGCCAGGGUCGGGUCGGGCCGGGCCGGGCUGAGGCGGAGGGAAGCGGCGGCAGAACGGGCGAGGCGGCGCAGGCCCGGGCCCGGAGAUGAGGCCAGGAUGUCGGUGUCAGGGCUCAAGGCCGAGCUGAAGUUCCUCGAGUCCAUCUUCGACAAGGACCACGAGCGUUUCCGCAUCGUCUCCUGGAAGCUGGACGAGCUCCACUGCCAGUUCGUGCUUCUGCCGCCGCCGCCGGGCUCCGGCCCGCAGCCGCCACCGCCGCUCACCAUCCACUGCAACAUCACGGAGUCUUACCCCUCUUCAUCACCAAUAUGGUUUGUAGAAUCAGAUGACCCAAACCUGACUUCAGUCUUAGAGCGUUUAGAAGAUAUUAAGAAGAGCAAUACUCUGCUUCUUCAGCAGCUGAAGCGAUUAAUAUGCGACCUCUGCAGACUAUAUAAUCUUCCUCAGCAUCCAGAUGUUGAGAUGUUAGAUCAGCCAUUACCAGCAGGACAGAAUGGAACAACAGAAGAAGUUACAUCAGAGGAGGAGGAGGAAGAAGACAUGGGUGAAAUCUCAGCUGUGAGGUACUUGGAUACAGAGAAUUGGACAUCUGUUUGUGCUUUAGUCAAACAAUACAUAACCUUGUGUGCCAAAGCAGACAUUGAAGAUCUGGAUCAUUACGAUAUGAAGGAGGAGGAGCCAGUUGAUGGGAAGAAAUCUGAGGAUGAAGGCAUUGAAAAAGAGAACCUUGCAAUCUUAGAAAAAAUCAGAAAAAAUCAAAGGCAAGAUCACUUAAAUGGUGCAGUCUCUGGGUCAGUUCAGGCUUCAGAUCGACUUAUGAAAGAACUCAGGGAUAUAUAUAGAUCACAGAGUUAUAAAACAGGGAUAUAUUCAGUGGAACUGGUAAAUGACAGCUUGUAUGAAUGGCACGUUAAGCUUCUAAAGGUUGAUCCUGAUAGCCCACUGCACAGUGAUCUUCAGGUCUUAAAAGAAAAAGAAGGUGUAGAAUACAUUUUACUCAACUUCUCCUUUAAGGAUAACUUCCCUUUUGAUCCUCCCUUUGUACGAGUGGUAUCUCCAGUGCUCACAGGAGGGUAUGUCUUAGGAGGGGGUGCAUUAUGCAUGGAGCUUCUUACUAAACAGGGCUGGAGCAGUGCCUAUUCAAUAGAAUCAGUCAUCAUGCAGAUCAAUGCCACUUUAGUCAAAGGAAAAGCCAGAGUACAGUUUGGAGCCAAUAAGAAUCAAUAUAACCUAGCAAGAGCACAGCAGUCCUAUAAGUCACUAGUACAAAUACAUGAGAAAAAUGGCUGGUACACUCCACCAAAAGAAGAUGGCUAAUGUUGAGGACUGUGUUGUAUUCAUGGACCAACGUCAACAAAACAAGCUCUUUUUUAUGUUUUCCAACACACAGACUCAAGCUACGAGUGCCCCUAUAACAGCUGUACUGAAGACUUUAGCUAUUAGAUAAGUUAGUGGAUAAUCUGUCAACUGACACGUAAAGUAUAAGUUACAGCCUUACCAUUCUGCUCUUCUUAGGUAUCUGGACUGAGCAGUUUGGGCCUUUACUGUAUUUGUUCUUAUGGAUUCAGCAUAUUUGGGCCAUGCCCUCCAUUUCUCCCUUUUUUGUUUGAAAGCAUAAGCUCCCUCCGGCAGGCUACUGAGUUACUAAAGAUCAUUCAAUAAGAGUGAGUUGUUCAACACACUUUUGUGUCUUUCUUACCUUUUGCAGAAUGCAGACUGCAGAGACUUGCGUUGUAUUAUCUUCAUUUAAAGCCAAGAAGUUUAAUACCUUUGUUUAAUACUGUUUUAGGAGGUGUCAGGUCUUGCAAAUCACAGUAGGUCUUUUUUUUUUUUUUUUUUUUGUUUUCUGGUCUAAAAUGACAGCAUUUGUAGUAUUUCCAAAUUAAUGAUAUAGGAAGAACACAUGUAUGUUAAGUCAUUAAACAUUUUUCAUGGCUGUAUGAGAAUAUGAACUGUUUUUUGGAAGAGAUGCUCUUUGUUUAGAUUAUGUUAAUUUUUUUCUUUUUUUUUUUUUCCUUUUUUUUGGUUUAUUUUAUUAUUUUUUUUUUGAAGCAGAGCAAGGCUGUGCCAAUAAAACCUUGUAAGUAGUCACUUCCACUGGGGCAUCAGAACUUGCUGAGCUGUUCCUGCUACUUGUUGGCUCAAGCUCCUUAACAAGAAGAGCCGCAGUAUGAAGCUUGAAGUUAUUUAAAAUACUAAAAAAAGAACCUUUUUAGGUGUUCCAUUUUAUUAACGGGUUGUUGCAAUCAUUUGUAAACUAAUGAACUUAUAAAAGUGAUUGGCACAAAUUGAGAUGAAAGUCCUUGGAUGAAAUUUUUUUGUAUAAAAGCUACACUAAAGUACAAAAACAUGUCACCUGA